AUGGAAUAUAAUAUUAAUAGAAUGUGUUAUAAAUGUGGCGAGGUGGGUCAUUUUGCCCUGCAUUGCAAGGCAAAAGUAGGCGAAGGUAUGGAAAUCCGCGAGCGACAGAAAUGCUCCCGUUGCAAUAAAGCUAUUGACUUUGCUGUAGAGUGCAAAAAAGAAGGUGUCCGAUACAACGUCCCAAAACACAAUGCAAGGAAGUGCCCUGGAAAUGGUGGUUAUGACUCCCAGAGAAGGUCCGAUAAGGCCUGCUUUAAUUGCAAAGAAAUUGGCCAUACCUAUCGUUACUGCCCGUAUGAUGAAACCUUCUGCGUGCUUUGUGCCAAUUUUGGUCACUUAGGCCGUGACUGUGACAAAAAAACAGCAUGUUAUAACUGCGGCAGAAAAGAUCAUAAAAUUCGUAACUGCCCAGAAGAAUCGAUAUACUGCCUUCUCUGUGGCGAUUAUGGUCACAUAAGCCGCAAAUGUGAUCUAAAUGUGUGA